AUGGGCCUCGGGGCCCGCGUCCCCCCGGGCCGCCGGCUCGCGGCCGUCCUGGGCGCGCUGUGUCUGCUCCCCGCGCUGCUGCUGCUGCUGGCGCGGCUGGGGGCCCCGGCGGCGCCCACCCGGGGCGGGGCGCAGGUGAGCGGGCGGGGUGGGGCCGGCGGCCGCGGGUUCCCAGCCCGCUCCGGCCAGGCUGCGGGCCAGGGGCCGGCGCCCCACCGGGCGGGCACGUCAGGAUCCCGGCCGAGCGCGGGCGGCGCGGCGGCUCCCGGCGGCCCCGUCCCCGGGCAGCCAGCUGGAGUCCCGUCCUCGCGCCACCCUGGGGGCCUGGAGCGCGGCCCCCCCCGCCCCGGAAGAGCGACGCGCCCGCGCCCGCGCCCCCCGGGGGCCCCCGCGGCCGGGCCGCCCCGGAGACGGCGCUACGCGCUGACCCCCGCCAGGCUGCGCUGGGACCACUUCAACCUCACCUACAGGGUCCUCUCCUUCCCCCGCCACCUCCUGAGCCCCCGCGAGACCCGGCGAGGCCUGGCUGCCGCCUUCCGAAUGUGGAGCGACGUGUCCCCCUUCAGCUUCCGGGAGGUGGCCCCCGAGCAGCCCAGCGAUCUCCGGAUAGGCUUCUACCCCGUCAACCACACGGACUGCCUGGUCUCCACGCGGCACCACUGCUUCGACGGCCCCACGGGGGAGCUGGCCCACGCCUUCUUCCCCCCCCACGGCGGCAUCCACUUCGACGACAGCGAGUACUGGGUCCUGGGCCCCACGCGCUACAGCUGGAAGAAAGGUGUGUGGCUCACGGACCUGGUGCACGUGGCGGCCCACGAGAUCGGCCACGCGCUGGGCCUCAUGCACUCGCAGCAGGGCCGGGCGCUCAUGCACCUCAACGCCACGCUGCGAGGCUGGAAGUCGCUGUCCCAGGACGAGCUGUGGGGGCUGCACCGCCUCUACGGCUGCCUGGACCGGCUGUUCGUGUGCUCCUCGUGGGCACGCCGGGGCUUCUGUGCCGCCCGCCAGCGGCUGAUGAAGAGGCUGUGUCCCAGCAGCUGCGACUUCUGCUACGAGUUCCCCUUCCCCACGGCGGCCCCCACCCCGCCGCCCCUGAGGACCAAAACCAGGCUGGUGUCUGAGGGCAGAAACGUGACUUUCCGAUGCGGCCAGAAGAUCCUCCACAAGAAAGGCAAAGUCCACUGGUACAAAGACCAGGAGCCCCUCGAGUUCUCCUACCCCGGCUACCUGGCCCUGGGCGAGGCGCAGCUGAGCAUCAUCGCCAACGCCAUCAACGAGGGCACCUACACCUGCGUGGUGCGCAGCCGCCGGCGCGUGCUCAGCUCCUUCUCCUGGCGGGUCCGGGUGCGGAGCUGAGC